UUUAACUUUAGUUCCAGUACAAUUGAGGCACAGUCUUCGCUUGGCUACCGUUGGAUUGAGUCUUCUUCUGCAUCUUCUCGGUUCCUGGAGACGAUGUUAUUCGCUAGAGUGGUUCUCUUGUUGAGCUCAGUGGUAGUUGUGAUAAGUGCAAGUAUCCCUGCUAUCCUUCGGGAAAAUCUAACUGUGAGUGAUAUAGCAGAAUUUCGAGAGAAUUUAAUCCACUCUUCCAUCCUGUAUGGAAUACUCAAUGCAACGUUGGAGAACAGUAUGGGGGGCAGUGUAUGUGAAAGGGAACUGGAAAUGCUAUUUGAGGGAGUGAAUACCGAGGAAUUGUGGGCUCUGAAAGUUAUCGAUGCAUCUGCUUCAGUUCCGGAAGCUUUUAUAUGGGGCAGCAAUUUCUGGCUGGGUUCUCGCCAAGAAUGCAAUUCUGUCUCCAACUCUAUUGAACUUACUCUCACCGAUGCUCCAGAAACUGAUGCUCUAGUGUAUGCUAAGGCUCCCUACCCAAUGGAUUAUCGUGUAGUUUACCUCAAUAUCAGCACCGUUCUGCAAGUAGAUGCCAAGUUCACUGUUAAACCUAUUCUACAUUUAGGAUUGUGCAUGCCUCAAUCGUGCUCCAAUUCUGAAGUAAUUGAAGCUUUUGAAAGAUACACCUACAAAGCCCUAGUAAGUGCUUUUGCAACUUACCGAGUUCACCCCAAUGUGACUGGAAUUAAGAAGCCAUCUCUGACCUGGUCUCUUUUACUCCGUCCAGAACUGAUUGCUUUCAUUGUAUUUUGUGGAACAAUCGUGGCUCUGAUGCUAAUUCAGGGAUUAUCCAGUUUCACUCAAUCUGACUGCAAUGGGAAUGAGAAGAAAAGCUCAGUGGGGAUCUUCCUAGACUGUUUUGCCUUCAGAUGCAACAUGAGCUAUAUUUUCCGGACAUCGACGCCAAACUCAAUCUCUGCAAUUGCUGGUAUCCGUUCUAUUGUGUGUCUUUGGAUUGUGGCCUUCCACGUUCUCUACUAUGGAUUACACUACAGCGAAUCAGCGUCACUCUUCCUGGCCAACUCUCAGGGUUUGCUGUAUCAAGUCUUUUGGGCAGCUGUAAUUUAUGUGGAUGUAUUCUUUGCUCUGAGUGCUUUUCUCCUAGUGUACAAUAUCUUGGGCAACAUCGAGCUACAGCAUGAAAUUCAGGGUAAUGGUUUUGGAAAAAAUGUGGUACUUUUUGGCAAGCACGUCCUUCAUCGAUAUAUUCGCCUGACACCAGCACUUUUGGCCACAGUUCUCCAGACGGAGUUUGUUAAUCAAUUCAUGCAAAAAUACUCGAGUUUCUACAUCAGUGAAACACGUGAUUUCCAAUGUGACAGUACAUGGUGGUACAAUUUACUCUACAUUCAGAACUUCCUGGACAUCAGUAUGAUGUGUGGAGGUUGGACGUGGUAUUUGGCAUGUGAUUUCCAAUAUUUCAUCGUCUUCCUGUUGCUCCUCUUCAUCUUUGUGAAGUCGAAAUCUCUAGGGAAAUUGGCGUUCAUCAUUGUGGCAGCAAUUUUCAUUCCACUCAGUUUUUACACGUUCUACGUGAAUAAUUUCACAUUCCGUUUUGACGCGAUGUUUGAGACACUCAAUCACGUCUACUACAAGCUCUGGUGCCGAAUGAAUCCCUACAUUACAGGAGCUUUUGCGGGAUAUCUCAUGCGGAAAAUUGCUAAGAAUAAUAUCAAAGUUAAAAAGGGUUACGUGGUAUUUGCAUGGGUUUGCAUCGGGUUCUUGCUGCCGGCCUCAUUCACCGUCACAUAUUGGAAGGAUUUACCCGUUUGGAUGUGUGCAUUCAUACUAGCGGGUGGACGUGUAACCCUUGGCAUUGCAACUGGAGUGGCCAUUAUCCUAUGUCACCUUGGUCACGGUGGUUGGUUCAGUGCUAUCCUCAGCCACAGCGUAUUCCAGCACACCCAAAAAUUAACCUACACUGCGUACCUGCUGAAUCCCCUGGUAAUCUUCUCCAUAGCUGGUUCCAAAGAGAAGGGUAUUCAAGUGGAUUUCCUGGAACAGGUAAUGUUUUUCAUUGCUGUUUCUUCAAUCACUUACCUUUUGGCAAUAAUUAAUACACUUCUCUUCGAGCGACCAUUCCAAAAGCUUUCAGAUGCUUUCAUUAUAAAGAGGGUUAGAAGAUCUACAAAUAUAGGAGGAGAAAUGGGAAAAGGAGAAUGUAAUGUUUAAGUGAUUGUAACUAUGUACUUAUUUAAUUUUAUUGAAAUGAAAAAAAAACCAAAACAAUAUUUUUUUUUUUAAUAUAUCAGUUUCUAUUAUUAUGAUAUAGUUAAUUGUAUGAGUGUCCACAGAAUGACAAUCAACUCUAUAAUCUGUAGUACACCUUAAACAUAAACCACGUAUAAUCUUUUUUAGAUUCGAUUAUUUAUAAAUACAAUAUGUAGUUUUAUGAAUAUUGUUAAGUUAUAAAAUGAGGCGUGAUGAACAAUAAAAGUGACACAGACCAA